UCUCUCGAACGAAAGUCGAUCACGCGGAAAGAAAGCCAAUCGAUCGUGAAUAUUAUUGUGUGUCAGGUUGGGGAAGAAUUUCUCCGCCAGCUUUGAUCGCGUUGGUCGUGAGUUUUGUUCGCGCGUGGACACCUGCGGCACCUGUUGGCCUCGGCAGGUGAACGUCGUGAAAAGAGGACCUACGAUAACCGUUAGAAUCGCGUCAUUUUGCUGUGGUUUUGGAAUUCAAGUGUGUUUGUGUGUUUGUUGUGUUUACCCCCAAACCAAAGUGAGAGAAACCGUCCACGUGUGACCUUUCCACCGAGUUUGGUGUUUUUAUUUAUCAUAAUUGUUGAACCUGACCGCAACCGUGACAAAAGUCGCGUGAAUUAAAAGGCAGCCACAACAGCAGCAGCAUCAGUUCAAAAUAUUUACCAUCAAACACGACAAGCGUGAACAAACGGUGAAGGUCACCGGUGGCUUAAGCCGCGUAGUGACGGUGUUUUGUUUUGCAAACGGUUGAGCCGGGGUGGCUCUCGCUCGCUGUCUCCUGCCGAGAGAAUGUGUUUGUGAGCAAAAAGCUGAUUCUAUAGCGUGUGUGUGCUAACCGGUGUUCUACUGCAAUGUGAUAAUGAAGCACGGCCACCACGCGCCGCCGCCGCCGUUCUGGUCAACCGAUCAUCAGCACAAAUCUGCACGCUAGGUGUUGGCCAUCAUCGUCCGAGACAGGUGAAAGAAUGUCCAGUGUGGAAUGGAAUGUUGUCAUAGUUUAGCACCGGUGUCGUGAUUAGCCAAGCAGAAAUUGCGACCGCCGUCGUCGCGGACUCAACCGCAUUCCCAGCUGCACUCCGGUCAACUGUGCGGGGCUGGCUAUAGGAGAUUAAUUGUCCAGCAAACACGUGGAACCGCCAAGAAGAGGCUCGGUGUACAAUUAUUGUAAUCCACCGGAAGUCGUGGAAGUUACAAAGUUUUGGGACCACAAACGUGCAAUUAUAGUGUGUAAGGAAUGGCAUGUUCCUGCUGUUCUCGUGGUGACGGUAGUGGUACUGGGGAUGGCAGCAGUGGGACAACACGUGGCGAAAAUGGAACCCGCUACCCCUACAGCCAGGACGGAGGAAAUGUAACAGAAAAGCACUACGGCUGCUACAAGGUGGGCAUCCUGUUUUCGGUCAUCAUCAUCCUGCUGCUGCUGGUGGGGUGCGUUCCGGUGUUCUUCCUAACCCACAACAACAACCUGAUUCUGCUGAUCCUGCUGGUGACGCUAAUUCUGAUCGGAUUCGUAACGUACGCGUACUUCCGGUGGCAGCACCGGCGCGCUCUGCAGAUGCGACGCAGCUACGAGGCGCAGAAGAUGAACCUGACGCGGGGACCAAAGGUGGCGCUGGCCACCAAUGGGAAGCGGCCGGAACUGGCGGUGGGGCAUAAGCAGGCCGUCACCUCCACCCCCAUCACCGCUAAACCGAUCGCCAAAGCCGAGCUGGACCUGGCAAAAACGACGACAAAUCAACCGCGCUAUUCGUUCAUUUGAAUUAUGGCAGCCACGUGGCACACAUCCACGUGGGAUACAUCCCACCACCACGUGGUGUUUCGAAGUGGUUGACAAUAAAUAACAGCACCCACCCACCCUUCCAAUCACAAUCGACGUCAUCAACCGAUGAUCGGCGGGAGGUCAACUGGAACCACCUGGGCAACCACCCACGCGCCCACAUCAAAUGGCGCUAAUAAAAAGAGAGAGGAGAGCACACGAAUCAAACGCAAAUCAAUUAGCAGUUGGAGGAAAGCCACAAUUCAAUUACUAUUCACAUAAUUAUCCCGAUUUCAGUGUGUAGCAACAGCGAAAAAAAAAACAUUCCAACAUUUACGCACAUUCCAACGCAACCAGUUGUAAUUGAGUUUUCACUCGGAUCGAAAUCAAACGCAUAAAUUUUUGCGUUUGCCAGCCGCGAAAACCUCAAUCAAUCAAAUCAGUCAGCGGAAGGGUACGGGUCAAUUCGAACGAAGAAUGCAUGUUAGCGACCAUUUGCGAAGGUAUUUCGCGAGAUCUGAUCGAAAUUAAUGAAAUAGUUAUGGAGUGCAUUUUAUGGUUAUUAAUAAGUAAGGUAUAAAUAUUUAAAUGCAGUUGUUAAUUUUUUUUAAUGAAAAUAUGUUUAAAAAUAAAUAAAACAUGGUUUUAUAGUAAUAUAAA